UACAGCGAGGAAAAACCUUUUCCAGUGUUCAUAUGGGCACCUGACUUUUGUUUUAAGACAGGCUAGAAAAUUGCAAACCUGUAAAUCUUUUGAAAAUGCACUUAUAUGGCUGGCAACCAUAUGAUUUCAAAACAAAUGUCACCAUCGUGUGGUGAACUUUUGCCAUUACAUUCCUGGGUUUUUGUUGCCUCCUUGGCCUGUAAACCAACCUUUUACUAAACUGAAGCCAUCCAUUGGUCAGUGAAAGCAGACGCAUCUUCAAAAUCAUUUCUGAUUGGUUUGUUGGAAACCCAACAGCCAGCAUGCAUUUCUGAGGUUUACAAUCUAGCUCUAGCCUUUUGGUAGUGGUCUGACUCCGAUAAUCAACAGGUCAGCGGGAUGGGAGAACCGCCUGUGGUGAUCCUCCAGCACCAGAUGAGUGGAAGGUAGUGACGGUGCUAAAGAAAUGUUGUGCUGCUGGGUACAAUGAAGAAAAUUUUCAGCUUCACUAAGAAGAAGAAAUACCCAUCUGGUACCCCUGACAAUGGGAGUGUGCUCUCUGUUGGCUAUGAAUUGAAAGAUAAGGACCUCGGGAAGGUUCACAAGGCUGCCCUCGCCGGUGAUUUGGCAAAGUUGAAACAACUUGCUAAGAAAAAUGAUAUCAAUCAGCUUGACAAGGAAAAUAGAACGGCACUUCAUAUUGCUUGCGCCACUGGACAUGUCGAAGUGGUGCAAUUCCUCGUUGAGAGCAAAGCCAAGCUUAACCUAUGCGACAAUCAAAAUAGAUCCGCCUUAAUGAAGGCGGUGCAGGGCCAGCAUGAGCGCUGUGUGAGUUUACUGCUGGAGAAUCAUGCUGAGCCGAGCCUGGUGGACAUCAACGGCAAUACAGCUCUACAUUUGGCAGCAAACAUCCCAUCUAUCUCCACUGCUGUCCUGCUACUGGAGCAUGAGGCUGCCAUCAAUGCCCAAAAUAAGGAUGGUUUCACACCUUUGACUGUGGCGGUCCGUGAGGACCAUAUUGAGAUGGCUGAGUUCCUCCUGAAGGAGGGUGCCGAUGUGAAUUUUUUGGACCAAGACCAAAGGUCUCCAUUAAUGAUAGCUGCUGGCAAUGGACAAAUCGGUAUGUUGCGUCUGCUCUUGCGGUUUGAUGCAGAUAUUACACUAAAGGAUACCAAAGGAUGGUCAGCUGAUGACUACGCAGUGAUGAAUGGGCAUCAUCCUUGUUCCCUCCUCAUAAUUGAGCACGGUACCCAGAGGAAGGAUGGGGCCUCCCUAUCUCAUCAAAGUCUGAGCAAAAAGAAGAAAAAAACGCUGCUGGGCAGUCCUUCCCAAGACGUUGAAGCAGGCUUCUCUUUGGGAGGACCAGCCACUGACAAAGAUGAUUUUGAGGACAAUUCUCAGUCUGAGUCACUAAGUCGGGUUUCAAAAAGUGCUGCUGAUGAAUGGCCUUCAUCUGAAGAUGACGAUGAAUCGGUUUUAGUUGAAAAGAAACCACAGAAGGUAAACCUAAGGAAAAUGAUUGCAUCGAAAAAGGGAGAAGCCUCUGCAUUGCCUGACAGAUCCUUGAGUGGUACAGAAUCUGAGCCCGAGAGUGAAAAUAGAAUCCAGAGAAUCCCGUCCCUCCCAAAGGCUUUACCAUCCAGCAAAGCCCUACAGCACCCAGUAGAUCCCUCUCCCAUUUCCUUCCUUUCCAAAGCAUCCCCGAUGACUUCUACCCCUCUUCCAAGCUACAGAAAGACACAGGUGUCCUCAGAUGACCUCAAUGAAGAACCAAUAAGGGAAAAGGCUUUUUUAAGCCCACCCACUAGAGAUGGAGCUGGUCAACACCAUGAUACUGAUGGGAACACAUUUUCUGAGGAAGCGUUACCUCAGACUGACAUCGAUGAUGUUGAUGUAGACUCACCUGAUGAGGCAGAAAACUUGGGCAUGAGAUGUCCAGAGGUCAAAAACACUGAAGAGCUUGUCACUGAGAAAGAAGAUUCCACCGAGGAUGAGAAUGAUGAUAAUGAUGAAGAGGAGGAGGAGGAGGAGGAAGAGGAGGAGAGGGAUGAUGAGGAGGAAGAGGAUAUCUCUGAGGAAGAUGAUCAGCCUGAAGAAAGUGGAGAUUCCCUUGAUGCCGCGUCAGCUGUUCCUGAGACGGAAAUUUCUAAAGAUAAGAAAAGAGAUUUCCUUUCCGAGUUGGGUCUGGAGAAGGGAGAGGAAGAGCAAGAUUCUUGGGACUCAGAGUCCCACUCUGAAAACCCCAGUGUGCCACACGAAGAGAAACAAAACUUGCAAAGUCUGAAUCAAGAAGAGAUGUCCCCUAUUGAAGAGGAGAUAAAAGAAAACUUGUUUUAUGUUCCCUCUUUUUUGAGAGGGGAAGGAGGCUAUAGGAUGGCAGAGCUAGAGCCUUGGAGGAGUGUAGGCAGGCCGAGAGGCAGCCAGGGAGAGGUUGUAACCAGCAAUAAUGGUGAUAAUGGAGGUGAACAUGCUCAUAAAGAUGAUUCUACACAGAAAGAGACUGAGAAGGCAAAAUGGGAACCACUUUUGAGCAAACUUGAAGGAGGUUAUAACCAAAAGACAGACUUGAUGGAAGAGCUAGGUCUGGGUGAUGUUGAUGAUCUUGAAGAUGCAUCAGACUGGGACACAGCCAGUACUACCAGUAAGAGAACCCUGCCUGGCCGCAGACUGGCCUCCCCUGGAAUUGAGGAAUCCCCAGAAUGCCCCGAUCCACCUGUUAAGGAGAAGGAGGAGGAAGACAUCUCUCCAGCAGCACCCCUCACACCUCGGAGGAGCUUCAACUUGGACAAGAAACAGCUCAGCUCACCUCAACAUGUGCCCCAUCCCACACCUCGUGUAAGGAAGAUGGUGCUUCAGAAACCAGAGAGUGAAGAAGAAUCAGACUGGGAGCCAGACAAUUUAACAUCUUCUCGCAAAACAGCCAAAACUGACAAUCAGCUGCAGAAUAUAGCUGAGCUUCAGGCAGCGGUUAGAUCAGGUUCCCCUGAGGUCUCACCAGUGGCAAGAGACAGUAAAAGUAAUGUAGAAUCUGACGAGGAGCAACAAAAGGAGAAAGAUGAUGCAUUAGAUACAUGUGAGUUAGAUGUAAAUAACCCAUACCCAUCUGGUCAGAUGGGCUCUGACAGUGAAGAAAAGGAUAAUGAGUUCAAAGAUCAACACAGUUCUGAGGAAAAAGGCAAAGCGGGCGGUGACGUUCCAUGGGAGAAACGUUAUGAGAAACUCUGGGUAGAAGUGGAGAAAAGGGAAGUAAAAUCCACCUUCAAGAAUGUUGCUGGCCAAUUGAAAGAGCUGUUUAAAUCUAGAUGUACUGCAGAAGAUGUCACAGAAGAAGAACAGGCCACGGCUGAGUCUACCUCAGCAGAAGAAGAGUCAAGUGAUGAAGAAGAAGAAGGGGAAGUCAUUGUACGCCCCACAGCCAGAGCAAGGAGUGCGGUCCUCCUUACCAUACCCGAGCAGAGGGAAUCUGGACUGGAAGACUCUGAGUCAACUGACCCCCCAGCUUCUGAUGAUGUUCUGGAGGAGAGCAGGUCUCCCUCACCUCAACCCACCACAGCAAAGAGAGACAGCAACUUAAAUCCCGCCACCGCAGCUUUUACCGAUGCUCACACAAGACCCGUGUCUGAUGUUGACCGGAGAUCAUUCAUAAAAGAUGAGGACAAACUUGGGCCAUUCCGCAAACAACAGCUGGAGGUUAUAUUAAAGGACACCCCUGAUAAUCCAUAUGAAACUGAGAAGAACCUCGUCAGCUCAGAAGAGGAUCCUGAAGAGUUUGCUAAGUCUAAGCCUCGCUCGCUACGCAAACGUCCUGCAUCUGUCCCAGGCGUUCCUGAUGAAGAGUUGGAAGAGGACUUCGAAAGGUUUAAGUUUGAGGUCAGCAGAGAGACAGCAAAGACUGCUGUGGAGGUGCAAAAAUCCGGUGCUUCCUGGGAUACUGGUGGAACGGCAUCGGAAGGAGUGGGUACUGAGAAACCUGAGACCAGGCUAGGAUGCCGAAAAGAGCUGUCAAGUCAAGUUGGAGCCACUCAACAGGAGCAGCGGCCGGCAGUCACCAAGAGCACCAGCAGGGCACCGGUGCAAUUGCAACUCCCACUCCAGCAGACCUACAAUAACAGCAAACAGGAAGGACAAGCUGUAGUGGAGACCUUACAGCUGGAGCUGGUCAGAGGGGCCCGGGGCAGCAGAGCCCCUCAGACCAACACUCAUGUUAAUGGGGAUCCUCUCUCUGUGUUUGACGAUAGCACUUUAAGUGAAGUGUCGGACGAUGAAGGAAGGUUGCCAACUAGAGAACAGCAGAAAAACGAGAACCCUGAAGAUAUGGAGAUGGCAGAAGACUUUGAUGAACUCACUCAGUCAUCAGACACAGCCACAGAUGACAUUGACUCUCCCACUUCAGGCUAUCGUCACGCGUCGCUCCUCAUUCAGAAGCUGGACUCAGCCACUUUGGACUCCAGAAGCAUGGUGAAGCUGCAGAACAUUUUCCACGAAUAUGAGCGCACCAUCCAAAAGGCAAGAAGCCAUCAUGGGUCACUGAAGGACAAGGUGAGCCAGCUGGAUAUAGAGAGGGCAGAGUUGAAGAGCUCUCUAGAGGAAGUCAAAGAUGUUAAGUCUGCCUUGGAGCGCAACCAGCUGGAGUUGCAGACUGAAGUUGCAAACCUCAAAUUUCAGCUGAAACAGGAGCAAGAAAAUGGCCGAAAUGCCACCAUGAUGUACAACACCACCAGAGAUAAACUGAGAAGGACAGAGGAGCAGCAGCAGUUUGAGGUUCAGGAGAGACAGAAGGUGGAACUCACCCUCAGGAACCUGGAGCUGGAGAUGAGAACACUGGUCAACAACAUGAAACAGCUUGAGGAGGACCACAGUGAGACUCAGAGGCUGCUGGCUCAGGAGCGCAGUGCACGGACCCUGCAGGAGAAUCUGCUCAAUAGCCACCUCCGUAAGCAGCAGGAGAUAGAGGAGGAGAACAAAAUAAACCUUAGCAAAAGCAACGAGGCCUUGUCUCAGCUCACUGAGGCCAGUGAUAGGGAGAGGGAGCUGCUCCAGCAGAACUCUACCUUACAGGAGCAGCUGAGCAUCCUGAGAACGGACCUUGAGCGUUUGCAGGCCAACGGCAGCCUCAAAGAGAGACACCUUCUGGAGGAGAACGAGGCCCUCAAGGAACAGCUAGAAGAUGCUCGGCGAGAUCUGAAACUCAACAGUGAUGCUCUGACCCAGACUGUCUUCACCUGCAAUAACCAGAUGACCACCUUAAAGUCAGAGUUGGCUAUAACCACAACCCGCCUGGAGAAUGAGCGGCAGGCUCGCGAGACUUUGGCGACAGAGGUCGAGUCAGCUCGUACCCGCCUGGUUGGGGCCGUACAGGAGGCUGAGCGUUGUCAGGCAGCUCACACAGAUACGGAGAAAGCUCUGCUCCGGGAGAAGGAGGAACACCAGCGUCUUAAAGACAAAUUCUCGAGUGAAGCAGCCAGUCAGCGUGAGUCAGUCAGCAGCCUGUCCCAGAAGCUGGCCAAGGCAGAGUCACGUGCAAACAGCAUGGAGAACGAAGUUCAUCGGGGCACGCUGCAGCUGACAGAGAAGAGCCUGCUGCUGGAUGUCCUGCAGCGGGAGAAGGACCAGGCAGCCGCACGUGUUAAAGAGCUGGAAACGGCUCUGCAGGCUGAGAGGGAGCUGGUGAGCCGUGCCGGAGCACGCCAAGAGACCACGCAGGAGCGGUUAGCCCAAGCACAGAGUGAGGGCAUGUUACUACGUCAGCAGCUAGAGGAGGCCCAAAACAAAGGUGUUGCAAAGGAGCGUGCCGUCACAGACGCCCAAGAGCGCUUCAGUGACAUUCUGGCCAAGCUGCGCUCUGACUGUGAAGAGAGGGUACAACUGGUUGAAGAGAGAAACAAGGAGCUCGCCGGUAAGGCAGCUGAUCUCCGAGAUCAGAUCUACAAGUUAGAGGAAGAGAAGAACGAAAGAGAGACUAGUCUGAGGCAGCUUCAGCAGGAGCUAGCCGACUCACUAAAGAAGCUGUCUAUGAGUGAAGCUUCUCUGGAGGUCAACACACGUUAUCGCAAUGACCUGGAGGAAGAGAAAGCACGGCUCCUCAAAGACAUGGACAGGCUCAAAGGAAAGCUGGAGGAAAGUGAAGACCAGUAUGUGCAGGCUGAGAGACGUAUUAACAGUCUGAAGAGCAUUUUGGAUGAAAGGGAAAAGGAACUCAUCAUUGCUGCUCAGAAACUCCAGGAGGCGCUGUCCACCUCAGCAACCUCUGAUACCACUAUGAAACAGCUAGAGGACGCUGUGCAAAGGCUGGAGAUAGAGAACGCCAGGCUGGAGGCUGCUGCAAAGCAACAGUCCAACAAAAUUGAUGCACUUCAGAAAGCGGCUCAGGAGGCUGCCAUGCUAUCUGACCGCGCAACCGGAGGAGGGGUCAGAAGUCACUUGGAGGACUUGGUUUCAAAUCUCCAAAGCAGUAAGAUGACUUUGGAAGAUCAACUCAGUAGAGAGGUCCAGAAGCAAAGCAUGCUGUCUCACACAGCCCAGGACUCUCAAGCCUUGUGGGAGGAAGAGCUGAAGAGCCGCUCUAAGUUAGGACUGCGCCUAGCAGAGCUUGAAAAGGAAAAAGGAGAACUGAGCACACAGAUGGAGAUAGAAAAGAAGAAAGCCAAGAAAUUAGUGGAGCAGAAGAAGGCUAUAGAUACCCGUCUGGAUCAAGAGAUGAAGAGAAACGCAGAUCUUCAAAAAGAAAUGUACAGGCUGCGAACUCUACUGAAGACUGCAAAGAAGAAACUGAGGGAUCAGGACACAGGUGGAGCUGAGUUCGCCUCUCCAAUGAGCAGUCUAAGGAUGGACGUGGGCCGACACAGCCAGGCAGAGGGUGCUGUCGGACGAAUGAAAGAAAAGGUGGACGAUCUGCAGGUGCAGCUGGACAAGGAAGCAUCCCGACGCAGCCAGCUAGAGAAGGUGAACGGGGAGCUUAAAGAUCAGCUGGCUUCCCUGAAGAGCUUGAAUCGCAGUAAUGACCAACUGGAGCGGAGUAAGAGGCAGUUGGAGGAGGAGGUGUUGGACCUGAGACGCCGAAUGGAGGCCUCUCAAAUGGAGCAGAGCCAUGUGGAGCAGUACCGGCGUGAAGCAGAGGAUAGGGCCCGUCAGGAGAUACAACAGAAACUGGAGCAGGUUAACCUCUUUCUGCAGUCCCAGGCAGCAUCCCAAGAAGCAUUGGAUCAGAUAAAAGCGGCCAAUGAGGCCAACCUGCGCUCCCAGAUGGAGCAGAAGAUCCGGGAGCUGGAGGCGGAACUCGGCCGGGCCCGAACCACUCAGCAGGACAGUCUCAGCCAAAGAGACUCCACACGCACAGAGCUAGAGCGAUACCGCCAGCUGUACUCAGAGGAGCUACGCCUCCGCAAGUCCCUGACUGCCAAACUAGAUAGGGCCAACAGUCGGCUCGCAGAAGCCAAUUCCAAGUUGCUCAACGAGCGAAGCAGGUCUUUUAUCACCAGCAGCUUUGCAAACGGUAGCCUUGGAGGGCCCUCGCUGGAUGUGGGCUCCUUGGCUUCACCAGGCAACUAUGGGGCCACGCUGGGGCCCCUCAACAGGAGCCUUGGCCUUGGACUCUCCAUCCUCAGCCCUGUGACUGAGGGACAGAACAGCAGGGUGGAGGAUUACCUGGCCAAGAUGCAGAGCGAGUUGGAUAGAAAUAUAUCAAAAGAAUUAAACAAUGCCACAGCAGAGCUGGACGUGGCUUCGGCCCGUAUGUCACCGGUGGGCUCCGCCUCGAGGGUGGAGCUGGACCCUGUCAGCAGGGCAAAGCAGCAGUACUUGGAGGUACUGAAGAAGAACAAUAUGAUCUGACCACUAGGGAUGUCUUAAUCAAGUUUUUUUUUUUUUUUUUUGGCCAUAAUCCCAAUCUGAGUCCCUUAAUUUCAGGUAUCAGCUGAUACCAAGUCCAAUCUGAUCCUUCUUUUUACCUAGAGAGAGAUUCUGACUCUUUGAAACGGAUGUGACAUAUAUCACUCUGUUGGUGUUGUGGAAUCUACAAAAAGACACAGUCCACUCUCGAAUGCACAGUGGUGUUACAGAGUGGAGUUUCUUCCCUCACAAAUGAUCUUCAAGUUUAAUUUUUGACCCAUUAUCAAGUUACUCAGCUGCUACGAGUUGCACCAGUGACAUUUGUCAUUUAAAACGGUGAAGUGCCGGCUAAAAACGAUAAGCUGCUACCUGAAUAUUUUGUACACUCCUCUUUUCUAAUGAAGAGAGAGGAAGGAUACCAGAUUUGUUGGCCUUUGCCAACACCAGCGCUGGUGUACCCAAAUAAUUUUUCACAUCAUUCACAUAUCUCACAAUUUUCACUCGCAUAUACAACAAAAUGCUUGCGCUGUAGGGACCGGCUGUUGUGAUGGAGAGCAGUGUCACAACACUAGCAGGCUGAGGUGAACAAAACGGACUAAAGUAAAUAAAGGAUUGACAAUGUGAUCACAUUUAUUUUAGCUGAUUUCGUUCAGGACAUCUCUGAUAAGCACACAUCACAGCAACUUUACAUACUGACUGCACCAACACUAAGGCCAAAACCACCAGCCAAUCGUAUGCUACCAGAAAUCCAACUCCAUACAUAUUUACUCUCCUUUCUUUUACAAAAGGAAGCAAAGAUAAUGCACAUUGCACUUAACCACUCAGGAACAAAGGGCAAGAGUCAUACAUAUAUAUAUAUAUAUAUAUAUAUAAAUACAUAUAUAUAUAUAAUAUAGCGUUAUUGAUGGGUACAAUAGAGAGAACCUUGAAAGUAUUUGUUCAUUCUGGUUUAUUCUGUUCAAUCUGUAACUGUUAUGUUUCUAUUAGCACUAUAUACGUAUAUAUAUAUAUACAGCAUCGUGGUUUGGAUUUUUAUUUGUGAAUAUUGGUGUUGCUAAAUUUGAAUUUAUAAGUAUUUGAUGUAUGCAUCGUUAAUAAUUUUGACAAGAAACAACAUGUGGUACGUGCCAUCAAAUGGUGCAAUAUCCGUCUUGGUCUUAUUUCAUUAGACUCAUUGGAGUAUUGUGUUUAUGAUUAUUUUAUUUAUACUUUUCUUUUUUUAUGAACAUGAUAUACUUGAAUAAGACGAGCUGGAAAACUCUCCGGCUAUUUGAAACAGGGUGACCACAUUGCUUUUAGGGCCACCAAAAGUGAAACACUUGAUAUAUCACCAUUAUUAAUAAAUACUGUAAUUAAAUACAUAUAAAAACCUCGACGACGCCAGUAUAUUACAGAAGACUGUAAAGUGUAAAUAAAACUGUAGAAAACCCUGAACCUGAGUGAGCUAUUGAUGUCUGGAUGAUGAGUGGACAUGAGAAAGACCAAAUAAAAUGACCAGAUGACA